UUAGACAAAUUUCUAUUGGCAACAUUGUGCAUUUAAAUAAAAACAAAAGAUAAGACAAGAGAAAGAAAAUUUAAAAAAAAUAUGGAUAGUGAUAUUUCUCUAACUGAUAUAGACUUCUGCAAUGAACACAGCGUUGAGGCUACUAUCCAGUCGUCCACAGAUGAUUGCAAAAAGAAAAGGCCAAAACAAAAGUCGUAUAGAAAAAAGGUGGAAUCCGUGUGGACACACGACAACAUAAUACGCUUGAUAGAGGAAGUUGAAGCCCGGAGAUGCUUAUGGGAUGCUGGUUGUCCUGAAUAUAAACUUCCAAAAGAUAUGUUGUGGCAGGAGGUAGCAGAUUCAGUUAAUAUGUCCUUUAAUGACUGCAAAGGCAAAUGGGCAAAUUUGAGAACCACCUUUAACUGUAAUUUGGAAAAAUUGAGAAAAAAGAAGUCUGGUCAAAGGACUGACGAGUCCUUUCAAAUUGUGUGGAAGUAUUUUAAACCUGUGCUGUUUUUGGAGGCCGCAAAAGUACGUCAAAGUACACAAUCAAUUUCAUCUUUGCAAUUGGAAUCUGCAACCACAGAUGCUUCAAUACUGUGUAAUAUAGGACUUAAUGACGAAUCAAAACCAUCGGGACAACAACGCAAUAGAAAAAGAGAUACGACGUCAUCAUGCUCAGAACGGAAAGUUGACCUUAAGGAGAUGGAUAUAGAGGCACUGCAAUCAUUACAAAACAGCGAGCCUCAAACAAAGGACGCAUCAACGGUUUUUGGGGAAUAUAUUGCCGCCGAGCUGCGAAAUCUUUCUACAGAAUUAGCUGCAAUAGCUAGAGCAAAAUUAAGGCGAUCACUGAACGACAUAUUGGAUGAGGUGGCUUUAAUAGUGCCACAUCAGCAACAAUAAUGACAAUAUAAAAAAAUAUGGAUAUUUGUAAAGAAAACAAUUACAAACCCAAAAAUAAAAAACAUUUACAUAGAUAUUCCAGAAAAAAAUUUAAGCAAAAAAUUAUAUUCUAUAUUGCUA